AUGGCUAUCAGCACUCGAUCAUUUUUUGACCUACCUAAUGAGCUAAUCGAGGAAAUCCUCAAGAAUGUGCCAGACUUGCAUAGCGUCCAUUCAGCAAGUCAGACCUGUACACGACUCUUUAAGAUAUAUCAAGCAUCGCAGUUGGAAAUCAUAAGAUCAACAAUACUCCGAAUUCCAGACCGACAACCUGAAACCAAAGUAUAUGAUCUCCUUCGAAUACUGCAAUUCGUCAUCAAGCAAGCGAUGGUUCAGCGGGAUGUUGCGCGAUCCAUAUUACAGGAUGGGUGGAAAUUACUUGCGGAAAAAGAACACGAACAGUUGCUGAUCCCAUUCGGAAAGGCUUUGGCAUGGUCAUACGCCUCAGAUAAACGAGAAUCGGAAGCUAUUCAUCUUCUCCGAACUAUCUGGGACCAGAAUGUGCCUUUCCUUUUAAAGGAACCAGAGGAUACUUGGUCAGGACGUCCUUCAACUCUUCUACCAGUCAAAAGGCUGUUAGAUCAGCUUUAUCCAAUGGAUGACAGCCACUCCCCUACCACUACAGAACUGCGGGAGUUUCAAGGAGUUCCAAUCGCCAAAAUCUGCCCGGGAGAAAUAGAAUGGAACGCUACCAUAAGUCAGUUGGAUGAAUUUCAGCAAACCCAACUUUUGAAGAAUGGGAUCCUAUUUGAAAAAGACUUUAUUAUGAUCAAAUUCAGCCCCAUGAUUCCAACACUUGAAUCUCCACCGCCGUCUCCGACGCCAUUGCCCACUAUGAGUACCUACCGCUUCGGUUCAAACGCCACCAAUGACAGAGCCUUAAUUGAAAGUCUGGAUGACGAGCUUGUCACCAAACUUCGAUACACGACGUGGUGGAGCACCGAGAUCCGCCGUUAUUAA